AUGAAGAGCCUUCCGAUUGUCUUCUUUCUACUUUCUGUUGGGGCCUACGCCGUAGAAGUGAUUCCGGAUGAACACCCGGUAAGUUGUGAGUUUCUUAUUAGAAUUUCCGGCGUGUCCAGGAAUACCAGCCAGUGGAACUGGCUCGAGAGUUCUUUGUAGUCCGACCACCAUCCGAAGCUCCUCCCGUGGAAGCGUCCGAAGAAGGGGACGCUGAUGAAGAAUGGAAGUCGGAGCAGAACUAUGCUGAAUCCAGCAUGGGAAAAAGGAGCAUCGCCCUAGGUCGCACCGGCUUCAGGUGUUUUUUAUUCCCAAUCCUCGCUUAUACUGAUUUUCUCAGACCUGGAAAACGCUCUGCCGAGUUAAUGACCUUGCAAAAUGCCAUAGGCUAUCAGUAAGCUAAAUUAGGUCCGUUCAGCUGAGUCAAAUGAUAUUCUAGGCUCGGCAAACGAUCCAUGGCUAUUGGCCGUCUUGGACUGCGCCCAGGCAAGCGUUCGAUGGACUUGCAAGUGUAAGAAUCGAGAAAAUUCACAAUUACAAGUAUCAUUGAAUUGAAGCCCGAUGAAAAGGUCCAUGGCAUACGGUAGGCAAGGAUUCCGACCAGGAAAGCGGAGCGCCUCGCCCACAGCCAAGUAGAGGAAAUUAUGUUAAUACUAAUUUUUUUCAUUUUCAGCUAUCGGCCGGCAAUGAUACUUUUCUAG